AUUUUAAAAUGUUUUCUUGCUUACUGCUACUGAUAUUUAUUACAAAUGUGGGAGAUUGCUUGCUCGUCCAAAAUUUCAAGGAAGAUCGACGGAAUGAAAUUAGCGGAGUCAUCCGGAGAGAUCGGAGUCAUAUCCGAUCUCAAGCGACCCUACAAAAGACUUGGGGAGAAAAUUUGCUGGCGCAUGCGGACUCCCGCAUCGCCCAUCGUCAAGAUCCAGACUUUACAAAGCCACCCGCGACGCAGACAUCGCACCGCGAUACCGGCUCAGCGCCAGUGGCCGACGAGCACUCGUUUUUAGGAGAGGAACUGAAUCUUCAACUCAGACGAGGCCGCGGAGCCGCUCACCACCUUACGCUAGAGCAAGAAGUAUCGGACUUGAAAAUUAAGAAGGAGCCACUUAUUGCAUCAACUGCUGCUCUAUCGAAUGAAGGCUAUACUAGACAUCGUGAGAAGAGGCAAGCAGAACUCUGCCUGCCUCCGCACAUACAUGCAUAUUUUACAGGAGCUAUAAACCGCCUAGAAAAACUACCCAUUAAUUUAAAUUUCUUUGCAAAAAGACUGCCUUUUACAAUAAAAGUUAAAGCCUUAUUUUACGGUGCCAACUUAGUGUCGGAUUUUGACAAAGAAUAUUCGAUUUCUUCAACCGAAAUAAAAGUCCAACGGUCAAACAUAUGGCUUCGAUGUCAAUUGCAAUUUUCGCAUACUAAACAUUUUCUAAUAGUUUUUUAUUUUUCCCAUACUAUAAGUAUUAAGUGUCCAACAGCUGAAACAAAUAAAACUUGGGACUGGAAUUUUAAGCAUAACUUAAAAGAGCUACAAAUUUCCCUCAUUGGUAACGUUCAUUGGUACGAAGGCCAACAGGUUGAUGACUGUCAGCUAAAUGGAACGACUCAAGUCCCGACCACAACCACAGGCUCCCAAGUCCCGGUAUCGAGCGUAACCAGUACAACGGCUGUUACAACCUCAACAACCGAGUCGACUACAGAAACUGAAGUUGUUUACAGUACUGAUGCUGGCACCAACGUAACAGUUGGGAUGGACGAGCCUGCGUCCAAGGCAGAGACAAUUUCAUGGGAUCUCAACUGGUUGUGGCUGCUGCUGCUACUCCUGGGUCUGCUAGUCGUGGUCAUCGCUAUAGCUAUGAUCAGGAAGAAGAAAAAAUUGAAAGCCACCGUACAGCCGGCAACUGGCAUAAACCGUCAAUCGAGCGUCAACUCUUUAUACGGAUGUCAUCCUGAAAUAACAAGAGGACCAGCCAGCGCUCGAAACAACCAAAAGUUCCAAAACAACAGCUCUAACCGUACUAGUUUAAACAGCCUUUAUCAACCCAAAAAGUUCCAAGACAAUAGCUCUAGCCGUACUAGUAUAAACAGCCUUUAUCAACCAGCCGGAGGCAACAGUGUCGCCGCUUCUGUGAACAACGCUGGCAGUGAAAAGCACGUUCCUGGAGCUUGGAUCAGCACAGCAAAUGGCUCAGCAUAUUAUAAUGCGGAUUUAGAGUUACAAGAUUCCAUUUACGAAAAUUAGACUCAUAUUCACAGUAAAUUUUCGAGAAUCAGAAUCAUCAUUCAUAAUCGAAUUUAAUCAUCCUUACGGAGAAGUUUUGUCCUGUCUCGAGCUGUCUUCAAUUGUCAAAUCUUAAAUGUUUAAUUAAGUAAACGAAAGUAUUGACUCCUAAAAAUAUGAGUAAAACUUAAAAUUUUUGUUAAGCGUUAGUGUUAAUUUUAAAG